AAAUUACAUGCAAAUACAACCAAAACCUCUGAUUACCCAAAUAAUUUCUUUUAAUUUCAAAAGUAUUUGAUAAAAUGGAGGAAGAAACUUUACCUGGGAGCUGCAACUUUCUAAAGGACCCAUUAUCAAUAAGCGAUCUCGUUGGUCCUGGCACAACAUUUGAGAUUAACACAAACUUUGAUGAGGGCUUCAGCAACGAUAUAUUCGAUGAAUUAAAUUUAGGUUCUGAUGAGGAAGAUGAUGAAAAGUCGGCUGUAGAUCACACAACACUGGUUUCGCCGUGGACAAAAACAUUUGAUGAACUGCGUCAACAAAUGGUGCAGAUAAAUGAACACAUUUACAAAAAAAUUACACAGCCGGGAUUAGCAGAAAACGGUGAAGUGCCGUUAAAUGCACGUGUGUGUAUACGAUAUAAUGCCUACUGGGAAGGUGAAGGGGCACCUUUUGAUUCAUCAUUUUUGCGUGGCUCCUCGUAUCAAUUCUAUACUGGACGAAAUGAAGUAAUCGAAGGAUUAGAGGAAGCAGUGCGCACCAUGUAUCGUGGCGAACAGGCACAAUUCGUAAUUUCACAUCAUUUACUCUUCCGUGAAAUUGGUUGUCCGCCACGCAUAAAACCAAGUGCCGAUGGACUCUUUAUAAUAGAAUUAGUUUCAUUCAAUGCCGUUGGUGAUUUAGAGGCAGAUAAAAACUUAACCGAUGAAGAACGACGCAAAUAUUCCAUAGUAAUUGAAAAAAUACGUGAAGUACAUCUCAAAGGUCUAGAUUUCUUCGGACAAGGCUUAUACAAAAAUGCUUUUCGCGCUUUUGAGAAAGCAGUAAGUUUGCUGAACAGCUGUCAUUUGGCGAACGAGCAAGAGGAGAAAGAGCAAACAGCAUUUUUAUUGAAACUAUAUACAAACUUAGCAGUUUGUUAUAAUAAAGUUAAUCUACCAACAAAGGCUUGCAUUAUGUGCAAAGAAAUACGCCAGUUGACUAACAAUAAACCCUCGUGUAAAGCAUUAUUUCAAGAAGGACGUGCAUUGCUACUGCUGGGCGAGUAUGAACGCGCACGGCAGAUACUUAUACGCUCUCAACGCAUGGAGCCGCAAAACGAAGAUAUCAGUCGGGAGCUGAAAAUAUUGGAAGAACGUUAUGCAAAAUACAAAGAAAACGAGCGCAGCAUUUGGACAAAAGCAAUGGGUAUAAUAAAGAAGAAUGAUGUCGGCAAACAAGGUGAUACUGGUAGCGCCGAGACGCCCAGCAUCUUCGAACAAGAAAUGGCAGAACUAAUGAAAAGUUUCAAGGAAAACAUGGAUUUGAAUAAUUUCAACUUACCAACUGGUUUAACUAAAAGUGAAAUAAAAACUGUAGAUGAGCUAGCGCAGAGCAUGGAUCUAAAACUAACGCUUUCACCGCUAGACAAUGCAACCUAUACGCUAAGUAAAGUAAAUAAAAAAUAAAUUAGACUGCUAAAGCAGACUAAGAAGAUUGAAUGAAAUUAUAGCAAAAAUGUUCGAUAUAUUUUUGCACCAAAGAAAAAUAAGUUUAUACAUAACAAUAUUAGUGCGUAAGAACAGAGUGCUAAAUUUAUGCGCCAAUUUUUUUAUGCAAAACAAUUACUAGUAAGUACAAUAAAAAUUGUAUUGGUAAAAUCUGUAAAGGAAAAUUACUUUUUAUUCACUAGUUUAAAAAACUGCUCAGCGACCACAAUAAAAAAUAUAAUAAGUUUGAAAAUUAAUAUUCAUGUACUCGUAUAAGCUUAGAAAUAAUAAAAAA